GACAAGCAGACUGGCUGGAGAAUCUUCACGUGCUUUGGGCUGUGCUAAUUGUUGAUGCGGCGUGUGUGUGGGGGUGUGUGCCUAUGUGUGUGCGUGUGUGUGCCGGUGUGUUUAAUAUCUCACGGUUCGUCCCUGCUCUCUUGCGCAUCUCCACCAUGACCAGCACGGAGAGUGUUGUGGAGCAGCCACGCGUCGACCUGGAGCUCCUCACAAACAAGAACGCACACCUGCCGGGCAAAACCACACCGAGCGGGGGCUCCGGUCGCGGCGUCUUCGUGGACGGCGACGGCCCCAAAGUGGCCGCCAACGGGGUGCACGACAUCGAGGACCGCAUCCUCAGGAUCACCGGCUACUACGGAUACAACCCGGGGUACUCCAGUCACAGGAGAGAGGAUGGUUUGGAGUCUCACGCUGAGACGCCAGGCAGCGAGACAAGCGAGGAGAGCCUGUCGUACCAGACCUGCACCUGCACAGUGCUGAAGGUGCUAGGUGGUCUGCUGAUGGUGCUCUGCGUCUCCUCCUCCUGGGUGGGUACCACUCAGGUGGUCAAGCUGACCUACCGGUCAUUCUCCUGUCCUUUCUUCAUCUCCUGGUUCAGCAGCAACUGGAAUAUUCUCUUCUUUCCUAUAUACUACUUUGGACAUGUGCUGAUGACAAGAGAGAAGCAGACACUCAUUCAAAAAUUCAGAGAGUGCAGUAAGCUGUUUGGGGAUGAGGGCAUGACUCUGAAGCUUUUUGUAAAAAGAACGGCGCCUUUCUCCAUCCUGUGGACGCUGACAAACUACUUGUACCUUUUGGCCUUGAAGAAGCUGACUGCCACUGAUGUCUCUGCCCUUUACUGCUGCCACAAGGCCUUCGUCUUUCUUUUGUCCUGGAUUGUUCUUAAGGACCGCUUCAUGGGAGUACGAAUCGUGGCUGCCAUUAUGGCCAUCACAGGUAUUGUCAUGAUGGCGUAUGCCGACGGUUUCCAUGGUGAUUCCUUUGUGGGCGUGGCAUUAGCUGUGGGUUCAGCUUCAACAUCAGCGCUUUAUAAGGUGCUGUUCAAGAUGGUCCUGGGCAGUGCCAAUCUCGGGGAGGUGGCUCAUUUUCUUUCCACCAUGGGUUUUUUCAAUCUGAUCUUCAUCUCCUGUGUGCCACUCAUCCUGUAUUUCACUAAAGUAGAGCAAUGGGGCUCACUGUCCUCGCUGCCUUGGGGGUACCUGUGUGGCCUGGCAGGACUUUGGCUAGUGUUCAACAUCCUAGUUCAUGUUGGCGUGGUGCUGACAUACCCUAUUCUCAUCUCCAUAGGAACUCUACUAAGUGUGCCUGGAAAUGCAGCUGUAGAUGUUCUGAAGCAUGAGGUGAUCUUCAGCGUGGUGCGUCUGGCGGCCACCUGUAUCAUCUGCCUAGGCUUCCUGCUCUUGCUGCUUCCAGAAGAGUGGGACUCGGUUACAUUGCGCUUUCUGGCCACCAUCGCUGACAAGAAGUCAGAGGAUCACGGCGAGGAGCUCACAGAGUCCAGCGUGCACACGAGAAGCCGCAGUCGAGCCAACGGUACAGUUUCCCUUCCCUUAGCAUGACCCUGAGGAACUUUUCUGUGAGAUUUUCUUCCUCCACUGCCCACCCACAGAGUUGGACCACAUGAUGGACAAUAUCUGGAAGACAGGAGGACUGUAAACCACAAUUUUAUGGGCGAUGUGUCACUUUCUCCAGCUGCACCUGGCCCACUACAAGAGGGAUAUUUAUGAGUUUUGCAAAUGGUAAUGGUGGGAAGUGUUAUUUACUUUCUUGAUAAACCUGCAACACUCAAUCCCUCGCACGCUGGCUGACCUCUGCCCUGCCCUGCUCUGCAGAAUGUAUUCCGUGAAUAUAAAUUCUCACAGGGGCAGUCUGGCUUAACCUUGUAUGUGCUUAGAGUUAUUUAUUUAGAGAUAAGUAAUACAUAUAUUUACAGUAUUUGAAUAACAGCAUUACAUUUAGGAAAGACUAAGAGUUAAUCAAUGCAUAAUGUACAGCAUAUUUUCUUUUCUUUUUAAUAAAAAGCCCAUUUAUUCUCCUUUAUAGAAAGGAAAUAACUUAUGAAA